CUCUGGGUGUGGUCUAGACUCUAGAGUCUCCUCUGUGUAGAGUGACGAGGGACGCCGACGCUACCGCCGCCGUCGUCACCGCUGAUAAUCAGUUUUUUUUUCAUCGUGAAAUCGAGACCCGUCAUAUCGCGCAUUUUUAGUCCCUCUCUCUCGCGCUCAUACUACAAGUACAUUGUGAUAUUGGCCAAAACGAAUAUUUCUUCGUUAAGUUAUCCGGAGCUCGUGUUCCCCUGAUUCUGGUUAGAGAGCUUAUUACCUAUAACCCCGUAAUCCUGUAGCUCUGCCGUUCGUCACGCUUCCUCGAGUGUAACACAAAAUCCGAAGGUGUCCUGCUGACUGAGUGACUGACUGACCGACUGAGAGAGAGAGAGAGAGAGAGAGAGAGAGAGAGGUGAAAAUCGAGAAGGGACAGGAAAGCAGUGGUGUAGAAGGUCGUCGAGCAAAAGACAGUGAGAUAGUGUGUGCGCGUCUGUGUGUACCAGGGUGCGCCACCCUGAAUAAGACUGUGCCAGCCCCAGGGAGAACUAGAGAAAUGGAUAAUACGUGAGAAAUGGUCGAAUAUAUAGAGGGAGGUAGAGUUCAGGUAUAAAGGAGUGGGGGCUUGGAGGGAGCUACGAGCAGACGAGCCACCUCGCAUCGAUUCGUCGUGCCAGCCACGAACCACUGGAUCUGCCGUUUUGCGAGUGCACCACCUUCUGCGUGGACUAUUUUCCUGGGUCGAGGAUAACGGUAGAGGGUGGUCGAGGACGGUUUUUUUUUCGUAAACGAUACGUGAAAUGCGUCUGUAGCUAGAAUUCUUUUUUUUUUCUUAUUCGUCGUGUGCCAGUGUUUCGUUGUCGUCGAUACUCGGAAAUAAAUAGCAGGGUGGCACGGAUCACGGAAGAGGGUGUCAAAGCCGACGUGUGGGACUGGGAUCAGAGGAGGCUAAGAGCUGGUUCUGCCUGCGGUAGCUUUUACGGAGAGCGCGAGAAAGGUAGCAGCAGUGGAAGUGUCGGUGGAAGUUCGUCGCCGAGGAAACAGGAACACGAGGUCGGGUAACCUCCAGGAGGUGGAUAGUCGAAGGUGGCCAAGGCCGCGACACAUCGGACGAAACGGCGGCGUGACACCGGGCCCCCCUAAAUAACCAACCCUUCCUUCUUCCCCAACCCUACCCCUCCAGGAACCUGCACCCGGCACCCUUUCUCUCUCUCUGUUUCCUCGAGACCGCGGAACGGGGCCCCAACUGUACCAGCACCAUUAUCGUCAAAAUUCUAAGGGCGUUCGUACGGCCCUGAACUCCCUACCCACAAGACACAAGUCGCACACAAAAUGAACGAGCUGGACAGUCUGCGCCAGGAGGCGGAAACGCUCAAAAAUGCCAUCAGGAGCUCCAUCUUGGCAACCAUCCUGAACGAUGCGAGGAAGGCGGCAUGCGACACGAGUCUCAACCAGGCGACAGCGGGCAUGGAGCCAAUUGGCCGGAUACAGAUGCGCACAAGGCGCACGCUACGUGGACACUUAGCCAAGAUAUACGCGAUGCAUUGGGGCAGUGACUCCAGUAGGAACCUAGUGUCAGCGUCUCAGGACGGCAAACUGAUCGUAUGGGACAGCUAUACCACCAACAAGGUCCACGCUAUACCAUUACGUUCGUCCUGGGUGAUGACGUGCGCGUACGCGCCUUCAGGAAGUUACGUAGCGUGCGGAGGUCUUGAUAAUAUCUGCUCCAUCUAUAGUCUCAAAACGAGGGAAGGUAACGUGCGAGUUAGCAGAGAGCUUCCUGGGCACACCGGAUAUCUCUCGUGCUGUCGGUUCCUUGACGACAACCAGAUCGUCACCAGCUCCGGCGACAUGUCCUGUGCCCUCUGGGAUAUUGAGACUGGACAACAGUGCACCUCCUUCAUCGGUCACACUGGCGACGUGAUGUCGCUCUCGCUUGCACCGGAUAUGCGUACGUUUGUUUCCGGCGCCUGCGACGCCAGCGCGAAACUCUGGGACAUACGCGAGGGCUCUUGCAAGCAGACGUUCCCAGGGCACGAGAGUGACAUCAAUGCCGUAACGUUCUUCCCGAACGGGUAUGCUUUUGCGACGGGCUCCGACGAUGCGACCUGCAGACUCUUCGACAUCAGAGCAGAUCAGGAACUAGCCAUGUAUAGUCACGAUAACAUUAUCUGCGGGAUAACGAGCGUCGCCUUCAGUAAGAGCGGUAGAUUGCUCCUUGCUGGAUACGACGAUUUCAAUUGCAACGUUUGGGACUCGAUGAAGACGGAACGAGCUGGAAUCCUAGCUGGACACGACAACCGCGUUUCCUGUCUUGGCGUAACAGAGGACGGAAUGGCGGUGGCGACGGGUUCCUGGGACUCGUUCCUUCGCAUCUGGAACUAACUUGGGGCUAACCCCAAGACGUUCCCCAAAAGAACCAACUGCGGCCACACAGCACCACACCUCGUAAGCUUCAAAUACCACCACCUGACCACUGAUUACGUCAGCGCGCCAGCAGUGACCACGUUGGCGAUUAAUCCGCCAGGUACACCGGAGUUGACGUUGACCAGGAUUUUCGAAUAUCCGAAGAGCAACAGCAACAACAAGAGUACCACCUGCGGCACAGGUAGCGAUGGCAACAGCAGCAAUAGCAGGAGCAUCAGCAACCCCAACAGCAGAAGCAGCAACAACACUACCAGCAUCAUCAGCAAGAUUAGGAAAAACGACAGCAGCAUGAUCGCAAGCAGUACUGGCGUCAAAUGUAAGAACGUUUUGGGUUGUGGUGGUAAGGCUGACUACGGUCACCGGAAACGUAUCGAUGUUGAUAUAACCUGGCGAUGUGGUAAGGUCAGCGACAAGAUCAGCUGCGAGUAUCAACGCUUCUAAGAAAGGCGAGUCACGGGAUUUUAUAGGAAUGCGGCGGAUACCAUGAACUAGGGAAGCGAUAUAUGAUUAUAACUAGGAACAGAAAAGGUACGAGAGUUGGCAGUAUGAUUUGGGUUCGCGUGACAAGAGUACGAGGGAAGGAUAAAGUCCCUAGCUGUGUGGUGAAAAUGUGCGAGCGAGUCGAUGAGUGACUGGGA